AUUAUAGAGUAGCCGAUAGCCUCCGUCACGCCUUUCUAACAGGUCGUCUCGGCCAACCUUCCAUUGAUCGCCUCCGUUUCUCCCCUUGCGUCGGGCGUGAGAACGCGCUUCGGUUAGACAAUUCUACGAACAGUUGACACACUCUCUCACUCUAUUCGCUGCCAGCAAGGCAAUGCAACAACCACCUUCACCACCGUGAAACGCCACCCGCAUCCACAAGUUCCACCCCUUAACUCCACCGCCCACAGUCAGUCCCUGCACUAACCCUCUCCUACCAAAACCCAUCACUUUCACUCCUUCAAUUCCCAACUCUUUCUUUUUUCUCGUCAGAUGGCUUCUACAAGCUCAACGCCCAUCGUCCCUUCCACUCUUGCUCUACCCGAGGACAUGGCCGCCAGGGCCUUGAACAAACGCUAUGAAGGCCUCGUUACCGUGCGAACUAAGGCCAUCAAGGGGAAAGGAGCCUGGUACUGGACCCACUUAGAGCCUAUUCUCCUUCGCAACCCGGACACGAACCUCCCCAAAGCCGUCAAACUUAAGUGCUCCUUGUGCGAUGCUGUUUUCUCCGCCUCCAAUCCCUCCAGAACAGCCUCGGAGCACUUGAAGAAGGGCGCUUGCCCUAAUUACAGCUCCGUUUCCCGACCCAGCAGCGGUUCUCUCUCGCCUUUACCGAUAUCCUCGGUGCCGUCGCCGUUACCGUCUUUACACAAUCACAGAAAGCGAAGCUCUCAAAUGGUUACUCAUCCUUUGCAUUCAUGCCCUUCUUCUUCGUACCAAGCUAGUUCUUUACCUUGGGUCGAGUCUUCGCGGUUCUAUCACAACCAAAACCACGACGGAUCGCAUUUCUCGCCACGCCAGAACACGGUUGGCACGGCGCGUAAUUUGGAGCUGAAUCAGCACCAUUUGGUCCUGUCGGGUGGGAAAGAGGAUUUGGGUGCAUUGGCAUUGUUGGAAGAUAGUGUGAAAAGGCUCAAGAGUCCUAAAGGGUCAUCUGGUCCUGCUUUGAGCAAGGACCAGAUUGAUUCCGCACUUCAAUUGCUCGCAGAAUGGUUCUACGAGUCAUGUGGGUCUGUCUCAGUUUCGAGCCUCGAGCACCCCAAGUUUAGAGCGUUUCUAAACCAGGUGGGUUUGCCUGGGUUAUUGCGGCGCGAGCUCACGGGUGCUCGGCUUGAUGCUAAGUUCGAUGAGGUGAAGACUAAGUCGGAUGCUAGAAUAAGAGACGCUAUGUUUCUUCAGGUUGCUAGUGAUGGAUGGAAGGGAAAGAGUUGUUGUGGGUUUACUUGUGAUGGAGAGAAUUUGAUUAAAUUUACGGUUAAUCUUCCGAAUGGGACAAGUGAUUUUCAAAAGGUGGUGUUCACAGGAGGAAGGGUGUCAGCGAAGUAUGCAGAGGAGGUUUUAUGGGAAGCGGUAACUGGUGUGUGUGGGAGUGGUGUGCAGAGAUGUGUAGGGAUAGUUGCAGAUAAGUACAAGGCCAAGGCAUUGAGGAACUUGGAGAUUCAGAAUCAUUGGAUGAUAAAUCUCUCUUGUCAGCUUCAGGGAUUUGUAAGUUUGAUCAAGGAUUUUAACAAAGAACUUCCACUUUUCAGGACUGUCACCGAGAAUUGCAUAAAAGUUGCAAAUUUCGUAAAUAAUACUUCUCAAAUUAGGAAUAGUUUCCUCAAGUACAAGAUGCAGGAACUUGAGUAUGCUGGGUUGCUGCGAGUUCCUUCGCCAAAAUGUGAUACUUCCAAGAAUUUUGGACCGGUUUAUGCGAUGUUGGAAGAUAUACUAAGCUGUGCCCAGGUGCUCCAAAUGGUUGUACUGGAUGAAACGUAUAAGGUGGCAUGUGUGGAGGAUUCAAUUGCAAGAGAGGUUGCUGGGCUGAUUCAAACCGGGGGGUUUUGGAAUGAGUUGGAGGCAGUAUUUUCGCUUGUCAAGCUGAUCAGAGAGAUGGUUCAGGAGAUUGCAGCUGACAGGCCAUUAAUUGGGCAAUGCCUACCUCUUUGGGAGGAGUUGAGGAGAGUGAAGGACUGGUGUGCUAAAUUCAACAUUACCGAGGGACCCGUCGAAAAAAUAGCUGAAAAGCGAUUCAGAAAAAACUACCACCCAGCAUGGUCGGCUGCAUUUAUACUGGACCCCCUUUACUUGAUGAGGGACACGAGUGGAAAAUACCUUCCACCAUUCAAGUGUUUGACGCAUGAGCAGGAGAAGGAUGUCGAUAAGCUCAUAACCAGGCUGGUUUCCAGGGAAGAAGCUCAUGUUGCAUUGAUGGAGCUCAUGAAAUGGAGGUCAGAAGGGCUCGACCCUCUUUAUGCUCAGGCCGUUCAGGUAAAACAGCGAGAUCCUGUUACUGGAAAGAUGAAAAUUGCAAACCCACAGAGCAGUAGACUUGUGUGGGAAACUUGCUUAAGUGAGUUUAAGUGUCUGGGUAAGGUUGCAGUGAGGGUCCUCUUCCUCCAUGCAACGUCUUUCGCGUUCAAGUGUAGUUGGUCUUCCAUGAAAUGGGUUUGGGUCCAAAGACACCCAAGGGUAGGCCUGGAAAGGGCUCAAAAAAUGAUAUAUGUUGCAUCUCAAGCAAAGCUUGAAAGACGGGAUUUUUCGAAUGAGGAAGAAAAGGAUGCAGAGCUGUUUGCAGUGGUAGGCAGUGAUGGUGAUGUGCUCAACGAGGUCUUUUUCGAUGCAUCCUCAGUGUAAUUUUCUUUCUUUUCACUCCUGUAGAAUAUUGAUACUGUAGGACUUAUAGAAAUUCUUUGCAGAGCUCC